AAUCGCGCUAGUUGCUCUCUACAGAAACCUCACUGCCUAAAGACUAGUUCACUCACAUUACGAGAUACAAAAACUCAAAAGUAGCUGCCAAACUGACUAUAACUAAUGCAGUCGGAUGUCUAGACCAUCAUAUAUUGUGCGAUAUAAAAUAUAAAAAUCGUACUGGAAUAACAGAAGUCGAGAGCAAAGAAGUCAAUCGGCUCAUUCGAACUUGUCAUCAAGGUAUUGGAUAUUGGACUAGUGCGGCGAGUUUUCGAGAAUGACCAAGGUCGCUUCUGCGGUUCUGCGCAUCUGUGAUACUUUCCUUUUUGACUGUGAUGGUGUUAUCUGGAAUUCUAACGUCCUUAUUCCAUCGGCUCAAGCGCUUAUACAACAUUUGUUCGACCACGAAAAGAAUGUUUUUCUAAUUACGAAUAAUAGCAGAAGAUCUGUAAAAGAAUACGUCUCCAAGUGUCAUGGCUUGGGACUCUCAGUAUCGGAAAAAAAUAUAAUAUGUACAGCUCGUGUUGCUGCCUGUUUUCUUCGGGAAAAAAUAUCUGAUGGGGAAGUAUAUGUGGUCGGUGAGAGCGGAAUCAGCACUGAAUUAAGUGAAUCUGGAGUAUCUCACUUUGGAAUCGGACCUGAUUUCCCGGUGGACUCGUCUAAUCCUCUUCAUGGAGUGGAAUUAAGGCCAAACGUGAAAGCCGUCCUUGUUGGCUUUGAUAGUCAUUUUAAUUACAGGAAACUGAUGCGAGGAACUGCCUACAUAAAUAAUGGAGCCUGUUUCUACGCUACAAACGAAGAUGCACAACUACCGGGUGGCAAUAUUGUUUUUCCAGGUACUGGAUCUAUCGUAUCGGCUUUCAGAGUUGCUUCAGGAAAGGAGCCUGUUGUAUUUGGGAAACCACAUAAACCCAUGUUUGAUCUACUCUGCCAAUGUUGCGAAUUGGACCCUUCAAAAACCGUGAUGGUUGGAGAUAACUUAUAUACUGAUAUCGCAUUUGGGAAUAAAUUUGGUUUACAUACGGUAUGCGUCCUGACGGGUGUCACUAACCAAGCGUUAAUUGAUAAAGUAAACUGUUCACCAGAAAAUGAAUUAUUUCGACCAAAACAUGUUUUGCAAUCUGUUACGGACAUUUUAAAUAUUUUGAAAGAAUAAAUCGAUUGUUCUUUCGCUUUAUUUCGCUUUACUUCCUAUGUAUUUCCAUUUACCAGUGAUCAUUCUCUAACUAAUUUAUUCAGAUUUUGUGGUCUACAUUGUUCGCUCAGUAUGUUUUCAUAUCCUUCUUUAUAUUCACAUUAAAUAAGUGCUUGUAAACAUAGAAUUGAAUCUUAAUGAGAUACAUCUUGAUAUGAUCAUAUAAAAUAUUGUCACUUUUCCAAACUGAUAUACUGUUUUUUUUUCUGGCAGUGAUUGUUUACAGUAACUGAGAUGUAUUUCGUUGAAUCAAUGUCUCUUCGGCCUAAUGUACCUAUAUUGAAAAAAAAUUCUGUUUCACUGGAAAAUGUAUAGGUCAUCCAAUUGCCUAGCUCAUUAGAGUACUGAAUUAGUUACUACCUAGCUAAAAAAUGGGUGUGGAAUACUCUCCGACUUCUUUGAUUCGAAGAUGAAACGCCUGGUGCACCAAAUAGCUCAUAUCUCCUCACCUCAGGUCAAGGUGAUAAAUCCUUUUUAUUCGCUUAUUUUUACUGAUAAGUAGCCUUUUUGAUGCUCUCUCUUCAUUUAUUAUAUUUAGUCAGUUAUAAAAUAUUAGUGAUAUUUUCUUGCAUUGUUAAAUCGCCGUUCUGGGCUCACUUUUAUUGUCGAAUACCUUUUCCAAUAUGUAUUACCCAAAUAUCUCGUAUACACUGAAUUGGCUAUAUGUAAAUGUGUUAUGCUUGAACUAAAUCGAUUAC